AUGUCAUCUUCUGCGAGGCAGCCGAGGGCUAAACCUUGGGAAGUGCGAUCUCCAGACUCGCCAGCGGUGACGGAUACCACGGUUGUGGGCCCGAGAAGCUCGAAUUCCAUGCACGAUGGCGAAACCUCCGAGAACGGUGCCCCGGAAUUACCCCAAAGACCAGCAGUUUUAGAGUCCGACUACAGCAGCGUGAAUCAAGGACGCGGUACGAUGGGGUACCAAAACAGUAGCAUGUACGGGCACACUGGAGGGUACGGAGGGUCGCUGUAUGGGACAGGAGGUGGAUAUGGCUCUGCGUAUGGCAUAGGGAACUAUGGAUCUAUGUAUGGUGGUGGGGGAUAUGGAUCUAUGUAUGGUGGAGGGGGAUAUGGAUCUAUGAUGGGAGGGUACGGGAGCGGUGGCAUGUAUGGAAUGGGUGGGGUGAACAACAAUGGGCCCCAGGGCCUAGCAGAGUCAACACAGGCGACCUUCCAGCUCAUCGAAAGCCUCAUAGGAGCCGUGGCCGGUUUCGCACAGAUGUUAGAGGCAACUUACAUGGCUACGCACAAUUCGUUUUUCACCAUGGUGUCGAUGGCUGAGCAGUUUUCGUCGCUCAAGGAGAUGCUGGGUUCAUUUUUCGGCAUCUUCGCUGCGAUGAAAAUGCUCAAGAGACUGUUGUAUAAGAUCAGAGGCGGGGGCGAGGCUCCCACGGCGGGGACGAGUGUGUCUGCUGGCCCACGGACAGCCAUGGCCAGGGAGUUUGAAGAAUACCGCGACGCUGAACGGCAAAAGCGCAAAAACCGCCGCAUUUCGUGGAAACCGCUAUUGGUCUUUUUGGCAGCGGUUUUCGGGUUCCCGUUCCUGCUGCGAAAGUUCAUCGCCAAGCUGGCCGAGAUCCAACGCCAGAGGCUUGGGAAUGCGGGGGGCGUCGCGGCGUCGUCUCGAUCCGGCGCCGCGGGGACCUUGGACCCCAAAAACCUAGAGUUUGCGCGUGCAUUGUACGACUUCACGCCCGAGAACCCAGAGGUGGAGGUCCUUCUCAGGAAAGGCGAUCUGAUGGCCAUCAUAGGCAAGACCGACCCCGUGGGGCGCGCCAGCGAGUGGUGGAAGGUGCGCACGAGAAAAGGCGACGUGGGCUAUGUACCGUUCAACUAUCUCGAGCUCAUCCGUCGCAAGCCGGCGGACGCGACAGAGGGAGCAGUGCAGGAAGUGGCGACGUGA